AUGCCUUGUUGAAUAAAAAAGAAAAAAAACAUUUACUUUGGAAUCUGUCAAAUGGAUUUGAUUGAAUAAUUGAAAUGUAUGAAGCGGUCGCCAUGAGCCUUCCCAAAGUCUAUCAUCGUUUCUCUUUACUCUCUCUACACACUACUACUUCUCCCAUUCUUCCCAAAACCCUCUUCUUCUCAUCUUCUUCUCUCCCUCUCGCCGUCAAACGCCUCCAUUCGCCGCCGUUGCUCCGUCCGCAAUCUAGAAGAUUCGUCGCCGGUAAGCAAUUCAAGGCGAAAUCCACUAUGGUUUCCUCUAGAUUUCACCAUCUUGUCCCCGUCAACGCCCUUACUGCGGAGGACGGCGGAAAUGGCACUGGCUCUAAUGGCGCUGCUGAUGCUACUGCUUCUGUUGCUUAUGAUGACGAUGUAGAAUCAGCAUCAGUCACGGGAUAUCGUCUUCCUCCCUUUGAGAUUAGAGAUAUUGUUGAUGCUCCACCACUUCCAGCACUGUCAUUCUCUCCAUUAAGGGAUAAAAUACUGUUUCUUAAGCGGAGAUCCUUGCCACCUUUGUCAGAUUUAGCAAGACCGGAGGAGAAGCUUGCUGGAAUCCGCAUUGACGGGAAAUGUAAUACCAGGAGUCGCAUGUCUUUCUAUACUGGCAUAGCCAUCCAUCAGUUAAUGGAAGAUGGUAGCCUAGGACCGGAAAAAGAGAUCCAGGGUCUCCCCGAAGGUGCUAAAAUUAAUUUUGUGAUGUGGUCAAACAAUGGUCAGCAUUUAGCCUUCAGUGUCCGCCUUGAUGAGGAUGAUGGCAGCAGCAGCAAACUGAGAGUAUGGGUUGCUAAUGUGGAUACUGGGAAAGCCAGACCUCUUUUCGAGUCACCAGAUGUAUAUGUAAAUGCUGUUUUUGACAACUUUGUUUGGGUGAAUGACUCAACUCUUUUGGUAUGUACCAUCCCGUUAUCUCGUGGAGAUCCACCAAGGAAACCUUUGGUCCCCUCUGGCCCCAAGAUUCAAUCUAAUGAGCAAAAGAAUGUUAUUCAAGCUAGAACCUAUCAGGAUCUGCUCAAAGAUGAAUAUGAUGAAGAUCUGUUUGAGUAUUAUGCUACCACACAACUGGUUUUGGCUUCUUUAGAUGGGGAAAUGAAGCCCUUUGGUCCACCAGCUAUAUACACUUCAAUGGACCCUUCCCCAGACCAAACAUACAUUUUGAUCUCCUCAACUCACAAGCCGUUUUCAUUUGUUGUACCAUGCGGAAGGUUUCCCAAAAAGGUUGAAUUGUGGAAAGCCAAUGGAGAAUUUGUGAGAGAACUUUGUGAUUUACCCCUUGCCGAAGAUAUUCCUAUUGCAUUCAAUAGUGUGAGGAAAGGGAUGCGAUCAAUCAAUUGGAGAGCAGAUAAACCGUCGACUCUCUAUUGGGUUGAGACACAAGAUGGCGGUGAUGCUAAAGUUGACGUUUCUCCACGUGACAUAGUCUAUACACAAUCUCCUGCACCACAUGACAAUGAACAACCUAAAAUUUUACAUAAACUGGACCUUCGUUAUGGAGGGAUUUCCUGGUGUGAUGAUACACUUGCAUUGGUUUACGAAUCGUGGUACAAAACAAGGAAGGUGAGGACAUGGGUUAUAUCUCCCGGAUCAGAGGAUGUAAAUCCCCGGAUACUAUUUGAUCGAUCAUCAGAAGAUGUGUAUUCUGAUCCUGGUUCUCCCAUGUCUCGGAGAACUCCUGCUGGAACAUAUGUUAUUGCGAAGGUGAAGAAGGAAGAUGAUGGGGACACUUACAUAUUGUUAAAUGGAAGUGGCGCUACCCCAGAAGGGAACAUUCCGUUUCUCGAUUUGUUUGACAUAAAUACAGGGAGUAAGGAACGAAUAUGGCAGAGUGACAAGGAAAAAUAUUUUGAGACAGUUGUUGCUUUGAUGUCUGAUCAGAAGGAAGGAGAGUUGUCAAUAAAUGAGUUGAAGAUACUCACUUCUAAAGAAUCCAAAACUGAAAACACUCAGUACUACCUUUUGAGCUGGCCUGAGAAAAGAGCAUGUCAGAUUACAAACUUCCCUCAUCCUUACCCACAGUUGGAAUCGUUGCAAAAAGAAAUGAUCAGAUAUCAGCGGAAAGAUGGAGUUCAACUUACUGCGACCCUAUAUCUUCCACCAGGUUAUGAUCCCUCAAGAGAUGGACCCCUUCCAUGCCUUGUUUGGUCAUACCCUGGAGAAUUUAAGAGUAAAGAGGCAGCUAGCCAAGUUCGAGGUUCCCCUAAUGAGUUUGCUGGAAUUGGACCAACAUCCCCCCUCCUAUGGUUAGCAAGGAGGUGUGUCUCUGUUCUCGGUUUGCUGUCUUGUCAGGGCCGACAAUCCCAAUUAUUGGAGAGGGUGAUGAAGAGGCCAAUGACAGCUACCCCCAAACAAAAAAGAUGUUGUCUUUCAGGCCUUUCAACCAACGAUAUUUGAUACAAACCUGGAGAGCCACUUUUGCUAAAAGCUUAAAGCAUUUUCUUGAAAAUCGCUCGUGGAUUAAAUUUGGAGAGUCGGAGACCAAACAAACAAUAAUGGCACUGGGGAAUUGAGAUAAUGAAGUCCAUCUGGCUCACACCCUUCACCAAUGAUCCUUCCGUACUAAGGUCUUGUAUUACAAACAAGUCACUAAAGAAUGAGAUGAAACAGUUUAAAGUCUUAGCUAAAUGACUGAUUAACAGAAGGCUGAAAGGAUCAGUGACAAAAAGAACAUUAUUCAGAGUCAAAGAAGGUAAAGGAUUGACUUGAUCGAACCCAUAGAGCCAUUAGCUAACAUAAUAGUUGAAAAGACCGAGGAGAAUAAGAUGUAUCAGGAAAUGUAUAUUUCUUGCUAGAAAUGUCGGCAGAAGCGUGAGUCCAUGAACUAAGGACGAAGUGUUGUGGAUUGUGAGAUACAAGCAACAGGAUUAUCCGUCUGAGCAACAAAAGCUAUUGAUGGAAAUGUCUGCUUAUUUGCUUGCUACUGAAGAUGGUCAUUGUAUUCUUCCUCAUAUACAGAGAACAUCUGAUUGGUUAGAUUACCAUUGGAUUCAGUCUGAGCAACAUGAGCAUUUUUUGGUUUAUCGUGGAAAGAUGAAUUGUCUCUCUGGGGAGUGCACGGAAUCUGAUGAUCCCGAAUAAGGAGGCGAGGCGAUCUGGAAAAUAGAACUCACCAGAAAGUGGUGACAACAGUGCCCACGCUUAGGCGUGUGUGCAGAUCUUGUCAGAAAGUGCAUUGGUCUGAUUGACGUAGGAGGUGCGUGGAAGGUCAGACGGUGACGGAGCUUGCUAGGGUUUGCUCUGUUCUUCCGCUUCUUGUGGUGAUGUUGGUUUGGUUGCAACACCUGGGGAAAUGAAUCUCAUCAGACAGCCAAGAAAAGUUGCCUUGCAUUUUUCCGAGUUUAGAACUUUCUCUUCCUAUGUUAUUGGCCUUAACCAGGCUCUAAUAUCGAAGCGGAUGAGAAAUGAGAGGAACUCGGUUUGAUUAUUCCCUCGAGCUAUGGGGUUUAAAUAACUAUGUUUAUGUCUAAAAAGGAAAGAAAAUCAAUACAAAACAAUACCCAAGUACAGUAGGACUAAAUUAAGUUACCUACUAUAUUUACAUAUCUUCUAGAAUAUAUUCACAAGGACUCUAACACUGGUUUUAACAGUUCAUCUGGUAAAAUUUACAGUACAAUGAGCAUUCAGAAGUGAAAUCCUGC